AUGGCUACCCCGCCAAAGGAGGGCCCGAGUCCGCCGGGACAGCUCCCAGAUGGCGCCGCAUCUCCUGAUUCUCAGGAUGUCUCGCCCGCAUCGAGCCCAUCUCAAGAGAAGACGGCUGCCCAGCGGAUGCCCUCGUUACGAUCAGUCUCGGAUCCACCGACCGCCCCUAUGACCGCCUCAUCUACACCUCUCGGCAUGCUGAACAACGCUCGGCGGCCGAACCUUGCGCACCACUCAUCCAGCCUGCGAGGGAGCCAGGCCAGAGGUGGAGGCCUGUCAGAAGGCAUGGAAGCCAAGAUGAAGGCCUUUCACCUGUCGAGACAAGGCACGCCUCCGUCCCGCCCAGGGAUGUCUUCGCCAGAUAGCCCAAAUAAAAGUCCAAGUCCAAGCCCGGUUCCAAGCCCGGGGCCAGCCAUCCCCGGCCUGCCUGGGGGACUGCGGCUUCCACCCAAUAUACGACCAGCAGCUCAUAACUUUGUCUCCGCUCCAGCGGUCCCAAAGGCGAAACCUGGCUUGAGUGAGCGAAGAGGCAUGAAGUUGCCGGGAGGCCUGCCGGGUGGCGAAUCGUCCAACUCGAGCGCAUCGCCACAGGGUAGCAGUAAAGGAAGCACACCACAAACCAGCAACGGCCAGACGGGAUCGGUGUUUAACCAGUUCUCGAAAUACAUCGAUACUAAGAACGGCACCUUGAAUUUCGCCGGCAAGGCAGUGAUUACCGGCCAGGGCAUCAAAUUUACAAGUGGGAACACCUUCAGCAUCUCACUGGACGAGGUAGACACGUUAGAAGAACUGGGCAAGGGGAAUUAUGGCACUGUCUAUAAAGUACGACACGCGCGCCCACGUAUACGCAGACCGGGUCUUGGUCUUGCAGGGAACAAGGCCUCUACUCCUAUGACCCCCUCCCCAGAAAAGGAGGUCGAGCUGGAGCCGUCACCGAAAGGUGGCUCGACAAGCGGCGUUAUCAUGGCCAUGAAGGAGAUCCGCCUUGAGCUCGACGAAGCAAAGUUUGCGGCCAUCAUCAUGGAACUAGACAUCCUACACCGGUGCGUCUCACCGUACAUCAUCGACUUCUACGGGGCUUUCUUCCAAGAAGGUGCGGUUUAUAUCUGUAUCGAGUUCAUGGAUGGUGGCUCGAUCGACAAGCUCUAUGGUGAUGGAAUCCCCGAAAACAUUCUUCGGAAGAUCACGUACGCCACGACGCAAGGGCUGAAGACUCUCAAGGAUGAACAUAACAUCAUCCACCGAGAUGUCAAGCCUACGAACAUCCUCAUCAACACUCGCGGACAAGUCAAGAUCUGCGAUUUCGGCGUGUCGGGUAACCUGGUGGCUAGUAUCGCAAAGACGAAUAUCGGAUGCCAGUCAUACAUGGCUCCCGAGCGCAUCUCAGGUGGUGGAGUUGCACAGGCGGGCGCGAACCCGGGAGGCGGGACCUACAGUGUCCAGAGCGAUAUCUGGAGUUUGGGUCUGACUGUGAUUGAGUGUGCUAUGGGACGAUAUCCCUACCCUCCGGAAACCUACGACAACAUCUUCUCGCAACUAAGCGCAAUCGUAAACGGCGACCCUCCGGAUCUACCGGAAGAGGGAUUCUCGCCGAUGGCCCGCGACUUCGUGCGCGGCUGCCUGAACAAGAUCCCCAAUCUGCGUCCGACAUACAGCAUGCUCCUCGAACACCCCUGGCUCGCCUCCCUCUCCAAACCCCACAGCAUCAGCGAGGAGGACGGCGAGACCGCCUCCUCCCCCGACCACACCGGCACCGAAGAUCCCGAAGUCGCCGAGUGGGUCAAGACCGCCAUAGAGCGCAAGAAGAACGGCCUCAUGGGCGAGUCCAAGAAACCAGCGCUCCACGCCGCCCCAUUAGAUACCGUCUCCCCCGCCGCCAGUCCCGGCUAA